AUGGUGGUGGCCGUGCAGCUGGCCGCGCUCCUGGCGCUGCUGCUCGCGCUGUGGCGUCUAGCGUGGCGGCCGCACGCCGUGGCGCGGUCGUUCGCGAGGCAGGGCGUCCGGGGCCCGCCCUACACGUUCCUGGCAGGGUCCUUGCCGGAGGCGAAGAGGCUGCUGAUGGCCGGCCGGAGAGGCGUGGCGCCCCUGGACGCCGCCUGCCACGACAUCAUGCCCGUCCUCCUGCCGCAGUUCCACAGAUGGGUCGCAGACUAUGGGAGAACGUUUCUGUUCUGGAUCGGGCCGAUUCCCGCUCUCUUCUCUACGGAUCUACAGCUGAUUAAGCAAGUGCUGACAGACAGGACGGGCCUGUAUCAGAAGGACUUCAUGAUCCCCGUGCUCAAAUUCCUCUUCGGCAACGGUGUCAUACUGAUAAACGGAGACGAUUGGAAGCGGCACCGCAAAGUGGUCCUCCCCGCGUUCAACCAUGAGACGAUCAAGAGCAUGUCGGCGGUGACGGCAGAGGUAACCAAGCAAAUGAUGCAGCAAUGGCGCGAGCAGAUUCACCAAAGCGGCGACAAGGAAUCAGCGGAGAUAGACAUGAUCCACGCCUUCAACGACCUGACCGCCAAGGUCAACGGCCGCGUCGCCUUCGGCACGAGCCACUGGGAGGUCGAUGAGGUCAUCGUCUUGAUGCGAGAGAUGCAGAAGCUUGCCACUGCGGCCAUGCUGGAUGCUCCAAUACUCUGGUAUGUUACACUGGUGCUAGUAUUCUGUAUUCGCAUAUGCAUGCAGCACCAACAACCGAGCGCGGCUGGCCGCCGACGGAGCCAAGUGUGGUGGGCGCGGCGGCGGGGGCGCCGGCAGGGCGACCUAUUCGGGCUGCUGCUAGAAGCGUGGACACCGCAGCAGCAGCAGCAUGGCAACAACGGAGAGACGCUGACAACCGACGAGGUGAUCGACGAGUGCAAGACCUUCUUCGCCGCGGGGCAGGAAACCACGGCCACCCUCCUCGUCUGGGCCAUGUUCCUUCUCGCCGUGCACCCGGAGUGGCAGCACAAAGUCAGGGAGGAGGUCUUCAGGGAAUUCUGCUGCACCAGCGACGGCGAUGGCGACGGCGAGGUCCCCCACGCCGAUGUUCUCGCCAAGCUCAAGCUGGUACUUAUACAUGGUGUUGCUGGAGACAUCGCGCCUCUACCCCCGAUCGUGUACAUACAGCGGAGAGCUGCCUCGGACGCCGUCCUUGGAGACAUCAAGGUGCCCCAGGGCACAGUCAUUUCGAUCCCCAUCGCCAUGCUGCACCGGGACAAGCAGGUCUGGGGCGCCGACGCCGAUGAGUUCAACCCCAUGAGGUUCGAGCACGGCCUCACAAAGGCAGCCAAGGAUCCCAAGGCGCUGCUGGCUUUCUCCCUGGGCCUGAGAGUGUGCACUGGACAGAGCUUCGGCAUCGUAGAAGUACAGGUUGUCAUGGCGAUGAUCCUCAGGAGGUUCUCCUUCUCCCUCUCCCCAGAGUAUGUUCACAAGCCCAAGUAUCUCCUGUCCUUGACACCCAAGCUUGGGAUGCCUCUCAUCGUCAGGAAUGUGGAUGGCUAA